CCACAGCACCGCACAGGAAAGCAACGGGCAAAGGUUCUUUUAGGAAUCUUUCUCCAGAACUUUUCACAUACUGGAAUUCCUCAGACACCUGUGGUGUGAGGAUGGCGACUUUGAGGAAACAAUAUGCGGUGGCCAGACCUGUGUACUCUGAGGACAGCUUUGCUGAAGACCAUGAGAAAAUCUACAGACUGCACAAAACCAUCCUGGACCAUGUGAAAGAGUAUCUGACCUGCGAUUCAAAACGUGCCAAGAAUGCAGUGCUCUCUCUUCUGCCCAUCAUCGGCUGGAUGCGGAUCUACCGAGUUAGAGAGUGGCUGCUGGGUGAUGUGGUGUCUGGGAUCAGCACCGGACUGGUGGCCAUUAUGCAAGGACUGGCCUUCUCUCUGCUGGCCUCGCUGCCUCCGAGCUACGGCCUCUACACAGCUUUCUUCCCCAUGCUGACAUACUUCUUCCUCGGUUCUUCAAGACACAUAUCUGUAGGCUCUUUCCCAGUCCUGAGCCUGAUGGUGGGGGCUGUGGUGACCCGCCUGGUCCCAGAGAAUGGACCCCCGGCCAACAUCACCAGCUUUGAGGGCCUGACCCCGGACCAGCAGAGAGUCCUGGUGGCCUCCUCUGUGACCUUUCUCAUGGGGAUUUUCCAGCUGGCAAUGGGUGUUCUGCAGGUGGGCUUUAUGGUUGUGUACCUGUCCGACACUCUGGUGUCCGGCUUCACCACAGCCGCUGCUGUCCACAUCCUGGUGUCCCAGCUCAAGUUUGUGUUAGGACUGACUGUUCCAGGCAUCAGCGGUCCACUCUCUCUCAUAUAUACCCUGGAGAAGAUAUUUGUCCAGAUCACCUCAACCAACAUCUGUGACCUGGUGAUGUCCAUAGUGAUCAUGGUGGUGGUGUUCAUUGUGAAGGAGCUGAAUGACAGAUACAAAGCCAAGCUGCCUGUCCCCAUCCCCAUAGAGGUUAUCACGACUAUCAUAGCGUGUGGCGUGUCCUAUGGCUUCAACUUCGAGAAGACAUAUGACGUCGACGUGGUUGGCAAAAUGGUUAGUGGGUAUGAGUCUCCCAUUGCACCCGAUAUGGAAGUCUUCCAGGAGAGUGCAGUGGAGGCUUUUCCUAUAGCCAUAGUGGGGUUUGCUGUAGCCUUCUCUGUGGCCAAAGUCUACUCUAUUAAACAUGAUUACACCAUAGAUGGGAACCAGGAGCUAAUUGCAUUUGGAGUUAGCAACAUAUUUGGUGCAAGCUUCCGGUCGUUUGCAGCCAGCACAGCACUCUCCAGGACGGCUGUGCAGGAGAGCUCGGGAGGCAAGACACAGAUAGCAGGGCUGAUCUCAGCCAUGAUGGCGAUGAUUGUAACUGUGGCACUUGGCUUCCUGCUGGAGCCGCUUCCCAGGUCUGUCCUGGGUGCCCUGGUCAUCGUCAACCUGAAGGGCAUGCUGAUGCAGUUCAGAGAAAUCCUGUACCUGUGGAGGAGGGACAAACCAGACUGUGUGGUGUGGGUGGGAACAUGUCUGGGCGCCAUCCUGCUGGGACUGGAUCUUGGUCUGGCGCUGGGCUUGGGGGUGGAGCUGCUCACUGUCAUCUUCAGGACUCAAUUCCCCCGCUGUUCCGUCUUGGCGAACAUCCCAGGGACCGAACUCUACAAAGAUCGCAAAGAUUACCUGCAUAUAUUGGAACCAAAGGGAGUCAAAAUCUUCAGGAUGCCAUCGCCUAUCUUCUUCGCCAACAUUGAGUUCUUCAGGGACAAGCUUGUAGAAGCUGUUGGAUUUAACCCUCUGAGGGUUUUGAGGAAGAGGAACAAGGCUCUGAGGAAAAUCAAGAAACUGUUGCAGAAAAAGGAUGAUGCCAUUACAGAGAGAGGCGUGAGGGAUUUAGUACACCGGAUGACUGAUGAGUUUUGCAUGAACGUGGAGGAGUUGGAUCUGCCCUCUGACACCAAGGACCUUCCGUUCCGGUUGGACUGGAGCGCCGAGCUUCCCGCUAACGUCAAUGUUCCCAGAGUGGACCUCCACAGCCUGGUGCUGGACUUCUCUGCUGUCUCCUUCCUGGACAUCUCUGCUCUGAAGGGACUCAAAAUGACACUCAAAAGCUUCCUCCGUGUGGAUGUGGAUGUUUACGUUGUUUCUUGUGACGCGUACGUCAUGGAGAAACUACGCAACUGUACGUUCUUCGAUGACGAGAUUGUGACCUCCAUGUUCUACCCGACCCUUCAUGACGCCAUGCUGCAUGUGCUUGAAAAACACAAGGACAAAAGUAGAGGCCUGGUGUUAGCAGAUACCGCACUCUAA